GAUUCAUGGCUUGAUCUAGCAAGAGCAUUUUCAAAUGAAAGGACUUUGUUCUCCUUAAAUCCCCGUCUGCAACGUUCUCUAGCGGAAAACCUUGUUUGUGCAGCUUCUAGCUUGAAAGAUGCAGAGGCCUCCAAUCAGUAUGUGAGGGAUCUCAUUGGACCAAUGACUUCAUACCUUGCAGAAAUAUCUGCUAGGAAUGAUCUCAAGGAUGUUGCCCAAUUGCCAGACGCAAUGUAUAUGGUGAAUUGUUUGUUGGAAAGGUUGAUAGGUGUAGCUAGAGCAACUCAACCCCGCACUCAAAAGGCUGUAUUUGAUGUGUGUGUUGCUGUAGUAAACCCUCUAAUUACUCUUCUAGAAGCUUACAAAAAUCAGCCUGCAGUUGUGUACCUGAUAAUAAAGUUCACUGUUGACUUGGUUGAUGGACAAGUUACAUUCCUUAAUGCUAAAGAUACCUCUGUUUUGGUUAGCUUCUGUCUGCAGCUGCUUCAAAUUUACUCUUCCCUAAAUAUUGGGAAACUAUCAUUGUCUCAUUCAAAAAUCGUGUUGAGCGGGGCUCAAGUUGAGGAUUAUAAGGAUUUGCUUGCCUUGCUUCAGCUCCUCACGAACCUGUGCUCCAAAGAGUUGAUUGACUUUUCUCCGGAUGAACCAGGUAGCCCAGAUAUUGCCGAGGUCAUCUUUGUCGGUUUGCACAUCGUGAGCCCUUUAAUUUCAUUUGAUCUUCUAAAAUUUCCCAAGCUCAGCGGUUGUUAUUUUAGGCUUAUAUCACAUAUGUUGGAAGUGUACCCAGAGAAAGUUGUUCUAUUAGCAAAGGAGGCUUUUGCUCAAGUAAUUGCAGCCAUUGACUUCGGCAUUCAGCACCAGGUACGUUUAAUUUUCCUCAAAAAGCAAU